AUGUCGUUCCUCCGCACCGUCCCCGCCCUGCGUACCGGCCUCGGCGUGCGCCCGUUCCACACCACCCGCGCCGUCGCCGUGCAUGCGUCUCGCGUUGCUCGUGACGCCCCCAUCUCGCCCACUGAGACUGGCGGGUUCAAGUUCGUCGCUGGUGGCCCCGUUCUCAUGGGCACCGUCAACGACGCCACCACGUUCCCCUCUCCCAGCAAGGCUGAGGGCUCGUACCACUGGGCAUUUGAGCGUCUCCUCUCGGCCUCGCUCAUCCCCCUGACCAUCGCGGCCGGCGUCACCUCGCCCACUGCUCACCCCAUCGUUGACGGCGUCCUCGGCCUCGCGAUUCUGUCCCACUCGUACAUCGGCUUCCAGGCCUGCAUUGACGACUACGUGCACGAGCGCAAGUUCGGCAGCCUCGGCACCCUCUGCCGCUGGCUCCUCCGCUUCGGCACCCUUGGUGCCGCUUACGGCAUCUACGAGUUCAACACCAACGACAUCGGUCUCACCGAGUUCGUUGAGAAGCUUUGGAAGGCCUAG